CAAGGAUACACAUCUAUGAUUUGAACAAAACGCACCUAUGCAAUGUUAUCAUCCAUACAACGCCCCGAGUGGUAACUUUUAGUCUCUAAUCGGAAGUGGCCAAACCAUUAACGAAAUAUCGUUAACUUGACCACGCAGGGAGGCUACAACAAUGCCACGGAGACUCCAUUUAAACCCUACUGUUGCACUCUGUCAAAAGUCUACAAGGUUGUAAGUGGCAAGUUUUGAUGCAGAGGUGCUUCAUUUUGCUAGCCAAGAAGACCCUCUGCCUUCGCCCCCUCGCACCCCUCGCCCCUCGGCUCCGGGUGGCCUUUUGGCGGCUCCUCGCCCCGCACCCCGAGUCCCGUCACCGCAGCCUUCUCGAGCGUCACGGAGGCCUCCGGCUCUCCUUGCCCGCGCCCGACGCCAUGGCGGAGCAGCGUUUCCUGGUGGAGUACGCCAAGCGCGGAACAGCCGGCUGCAAGAAGUGCAAGGACAAAAUCGCCAAGGGCAUGGCGCGCAUCGGCAAGGUGGUGCCCAACCCCUUCAGCGAGUCGGCCGGCGAAAUGAAGGAGUGGUACCACAUCAAGUGCAUGUUUGAAAAGCUGGAACGCGCCCGUGCCACGACCAAGAAGAUCGAGGACAUCACCGACCUGGAGGGCUGGGAGGAGCUGCAGGACGAGGACAAAGAGCUCAUCAACCGACACGUCUCUGAGUUGAUGUCCAAAGUAAAGUCGAGUCCGCAGAAGAAGACCCCGGCCAAGUCGGCCGCUUCGGCCAAACUGACGUCACCUGCUGCCGACGCCGCAGCCUCGCUCAACGCGCCGCGCAAGUUCUCAGGGUUCACCGCGGCCAAGGCGGGCGCCUCCCCGUACACGUCCUCACCCCUGUCGUCGCCGUCGCCCGCCAAGCAGGGCAGCGCUCUAGCCGCGCAGCUGUGCGACCCGCACCACAAGGACUGCCUGUUCCGCGAGUUCCGCAAGCUGUGCGCCACGGUGGCCGAGAACAACAGCUACAACAGCAAGACGCAGAUCAUUGAGAAGUUCCUGCGCAAGGGCACCGGCGGAGAUAAAUUCCACGGUGACUUGUACCUGACGGUGAAGCUGCUGCUGCCCGGCGUGGUGAAGAGCGUGUACAACCUCAACGACAAGCAGAUCGUCAAACUCUUCAGCCGCGUGUUCCGCUGCAGCCAGGAUGACAUGGUGCGAGAUCUGGAGAAGGGCGACGUGUCGGAGACGGUUCGCAUGUUCUUCGAGGACAGCAAAGCUUUCCCGCCGUCGGCCAAGAGCCUGUUGACCAUCCAGGAGGUGGACGCCUCGCUCACCCGCCUGGCACAGCUCACCAAGGAGGACGAGCAGCAGGCGGAGCUGGAGGACGUCGCCAAAAAGUGCACCGGCAACGACCUGAAAGGCAUCAUCCGCCUCAUCAAGCACGACCUGAAGAUGAACGCCGGAGCCAAGCACGUACUGGACGCGGUGGACCCCAACGCCUACGACGCCUUCAAGGCCUCCCGCAACUUGGCCGACGUGAUCGAGCGCGUGCUGAGGAACCAGCAGGAGGCCUCGGACGGCUCGGGGCCCCGCAAGCUGUUGACCGUGGAGGCCUCGCUCAUGACGCCCGUUCAGCCCAUGCUGGCGGAGGCGUGCAAAUCCAUCGAGUACGCCAUGAAGAAGUGCCCCAACGGCAUGUACUCGGAGAUCAAGUACGACGGUGAACGCGUGCAGGUGCACAAGAGCGGCGACAGCUUCAGCUACUUCAGUCGCAGCCUCAAACCCGUCUUGCCGCACAAAGUGGCACACUUCAAGGACUACAUCCCGCGGGCGUUCCCCGGCGGCCACAGUAUGAUUUUGGACGCCGAGGUGCUGCUCAUCGACACCAACACCAGCAAGCCGCUCCCCUUCGGCACGCUGGGCGUGCACAAGAAAGCUGCUUUUCAAGACGCCAACGUCUGCCUCUUUGUUUUUGACUGCAUAUACUUCAAUGGCAACAGUCUCAUGGAAAGGCCGCUGAGCGAGCGCAGGAAGUUCCUGCAUGACAACAUGGUGGAGGUGCCCAACCGGAUCCUCUUUUCGGAAAUGAAGCACGUCACGCGUGCGAGAGACCUGGCCGACAUGAUCACUCGAGUCAUCAGAGAAGGCUUGGAAGGCCUGGUCCUCAAAGACGUGAAGGGCUCGUACGAGCCAGGCAAGCGUCACUGGCUGAAGGUGAAGAAGGACUACCUGAACGAGGGCGCCAUGGCCGACACGGCCGACCUGGUGGUGCUGGGCGCUUUCUACGGGAAAGGCUCCAACGGCGGCAUCAUGUCCAGCUUCCUGAUGGGCUGCUAUGACCCGGACUCCAAGAAGUGGUGCACUGUCACCAAGUGCUCGGGCGGCUACGAUGACGCCAUGUUGGCUCGUCUCCAGAAAGAGCUGGACGUCGUCAAAAUCAGCAAGGACCCCAGCAAGAUCCCCGGCUGGCUGAAAAUCGUCAAGAACUACUACCCGGAUUUCCUCAUCCGCAGUCCCGAGCAAGCGCCCGUGUGGGAGAUCACGGGCGCCGAGUUUUCCAAGUCGGAGAUGCACACGGCCGACGGCAUCUCCAUCCGCUUCCCCCGCAUGACGCGCGUCCGCGACGACAAGGACUGGAAGAGCGCCACCAACCUGCCGCAGCUCAAAGAGCUGUAUCGCAUCUCCAAGGAGAACUGCGAUUUCCAAGUGACGGCGGGACCUUCUGGCCAAGACAAGGCCGAGUCUGCGGGAGACAGCGGCGGCAGUUCGCCGGCGUCCGAGAGCACCCUGCCCAAGAAAGCGAGUAACAGCACCCCGGCCAAACGCAAGGCGGUGAAAUCCGAGCCGAGCUCUCCCGCCAUCAAAGCUCCCGCCCCCAAAAAGGUGAGGAAGAGUGCGGAAAGUGUGCAGAGCAACGGACACGCGGGAACGGCGAAGGUGACGGCAACGCCGCCUCCUACCCCGCGGAUGCUCGAGUCCAACGACGACAAGACCCUUCUGGACAUCUUCAGCGGCAUCAAGCUCUUCCUGCCUUCCGGCGUGGAUGAUUUUGCCAAGCUGCGGCGUUACUUUGUGGCUUACGACGGCGACCUGGUGGCGGACUACGACGCCGCCUCAGCCACCCACACUCUGGCCGACAAUCAGGAGGGCGAUGGAGAGGGCGCCAGCCGGGCCCGGCGGGUGACGCCCGGCUGGAUCUGGGAGUGCAUCCGCAAGAGGCGUGUGGUCGCUCCCUGCUAGCGGAAGAAAAAAGAAGAAGAA